AUGAGAACGCGCCCAAGCGAGCCCUCUACCUACAGGCUUUGGCUUACUGAAAACCGCCCUCGCCUCACCAGGCCUGGAAUUUCCGCUACUGAGGUGUCGAAGGCUACCGGAGCUGAAUGGAAAAACGUCACGGAUCGUUCAAAAAAGCAAAUGGCUCGACCAACCAAAGGAAGCAGCUCGCAAGAAGUGUCAAAGGUUUCACAGAAGAAUGGUGGCAGUCCUCCCAAGCGAAACCUCACGGCCUUCUUUAUCUGGCUCGCCGAAAAUCGCGCCCGUCUCAUCGAAACUGUCAAACCUAAUAAGGUUCUUAAGGCAGCCGGUGCUGAAUGGAAAAAACUCGAGAACAAGUCCGUAUGGGAGGAGAAAGCCAAGGCUGACAAGGAACGCUACAGAAAGGAAUUGGAGGCUUUUAAGGGACGAUCGACCAUU